GGUGUUGACGAAGUCUGCCCACUGCACCCUGGACUCCAGCCUGGAAAGGAGAAGGACCAGUUCAACACCACAAAGACUACAACCAGGAGAAACCCUCCAAGUUAAAGCAGAGAUUCAUGUUGAAGAGGACCAAGACAGAGUUUAGCAGCAGUACCUCUUCAGCCCGUCUAUCAGAGGAGGCGUUAGCUGACAGGGAUGACCUGGACUUCUUCAUGCAGACUUCCACUUACUACUACUCAGUGAGGAUCUUCCCAGGUCAGGAGCCCAGCAGUGUGUGGGUUGGCUGGGUGACCUCUGACUUCCACCAGUACGACAUGGCCUUCGACCUCGAAAAGGUCCGCACCGUCACCGUAACCCUGGGAGACGAGAAGGGCAAAGUUCACGAGAG